AUUCAUGUUGUUCGAUUCCGGCCACCGCCCCCCACCAGUUUUCCACACUAAUCAUACCAAUUCACUUCCUCGCCAUUGAGGCCACGAGCAUCAAACCGUUUCUAUGCGCGAUCGACUUCUUGCCGGGCGUCUCUACUCUAAUGGUUCCGGUUCUAUAAACGUCGACGGACAAGUCGUCUGGACCUCAAGACAAUCAAUGGGCAAGAACAAUGCCGAAGAAUGCCAAAUAUUCCGACAGCGAUAGUGUCACGAGAUAUAGCUCAAGCCAUAUCAGAAUUCGGCGCCGCUAUCCAGAGCCGCAAAGAUGACGCUCACAUCCGGUUCAAGAAUCUACAGACGAGAAGUCCGUCAAACGCGACGGAGGUAUUGCGAUUGACGGAGGAGAUCAACAGCGAUGGAGCUCGUCACCAUGGCGCUUGGAAACUCUACGCUACCCGCCUUGUCAACGUUUGGGACAGAAUCCGAACCGGUCAGCUUCUUGCCUUAUUUCGACGAGGUUUCAGCCCUGCUACUAAGGAUUGGUGUUUCGAUCUCACUGCAACAAGACUUUGUACUUCUCUUCACGACGUAGCCGAAGACUCAAAAGUACAUUGGCGAAUAUACAUGUAUAAUCGUUUUCGUUCACAUCUGUCAGAAGAUCACCGUCGAUGCUCAAAAAUCAUUUGCUUCCCAGUUCGCAAAUGUCUAUCACUUCUUCGUUCAACGCAGUUUUCAAAUCUCUGGAAGACGAAUUGCUAUCAUGGGGUCAGUUCGAAGACCGCGUCUCAGUUCUCGUUGCAAGAAGCAGUAUUCAAAGUCACUCAUCUACCUUAGUGCCCGGAUAUACCAUCACGGAGGGACAAACGAGAAGGGGUUAAAACAUAAAUAGGUAUUCCUCAAAAAAGGUUUAAUUUGAAUUGGUCGGAAUCCUUCCCAGGUCCCAAUAAUCGUCAUAAGCCGUUGCAGUAACUUUUGGACAAAGUCGAAGAUACACUGAGUGUGGCUGAAAUAUCGUCGAGUGUAACAAUAACUAGAAAACUACGCUCUAAUUACCACGUUUUGGCUGUCGCCAUAAGUGGCCUAAUCGCAGCCAGAGAUGCG